GUAAUAGAGUAAAUAGGAUAUAGAAGGAUGAGGAAAACCAUACCAUGGACCUACAGUAUAGAACUACUCUGAGAUAAUAGUUGCAUGGGAAAACGGACAAUUCAGGUCUGCUAAACGUUCUGCAAGCUGGCGAGGAAACUGAGCAGACUCUACGCCUAUAUUAUUAUCUCAUGUGACUGAACUAUGAUGAUUGCAUCUUUUUAAAAUAUAAUUGUUUGUGGAUGAUUCCGGGGAUGAUUGCAUUUUAACAAACAUUUACGAGUAAAAGAAACCAUCGGGUCAAACUGGAAAGAUGUCGGUCGCAUCACACGAGAAUCUCGACUCUCGAUGGGGAGAUCCAACAUUGACGACGGAGCAGACGAUAUUUACCAAGAUGGACUACAUUUUCCAGACUUGUAGGAGUGUUCGAAAUAGGAUUUAUUGGGGGUGGAUUGUCUCUGUCACUGCGUCAAUCACAUUCGGUCUCUCUUUCGGGUUCUUAUAUUCAUUUGGUAUCAUUAUGGUUGAUCUGAUGAGCCAAUUUGACAGCUCAGCAACUGCAACUGGUUACAUCGGAACGCUUGCUUACGGAAUGGGCUCUGUGUGGAGCCUCGCAACCGUUCCUCUAUCCGUCAAAUUUGGCUACAGGCCGGCUUCCAUGGUUGGAUUGAUAUUUUGCGUUGGCGGUUGUAUUGUGACGUCAUUUGCUCCAGGUCUUCCCCUGAUGUACUUCUCACACAGUGUCCUGUAUGGAUUCGGUGCGAGCAUUCUUCAGACGGGCAGUAUUAAUAUUACUCAGGGCUACUUCAUUGGGAGACGGAACUCAUCACUAGCAGUUGCUAUCGCAUCUUCCGGUGCUAAUUUAGGUGCUCUCAUCAUGACCCCACUCGUGUACAUGCUAUCUGACCGGUUUGGUUGGCGAAUCAUGUUUAGGGUGAUAUCUGGUGUCCUUCUUCUAUUUCUCAUCCCGGCCAUCCUUACAUUCAAACCUGUGCCCCUCCAAAAAAUGGCAGAAAAGCUCGAGGUUGAAGAGUUGGACGAGAAACCUCCGGCGAUUCGUAAGGACGCGUCCGAUCAAGACCAAGACGCGGGAACGAGCGACCGGAAGAUUUUCCAAAGAACACUUCAUGAAGAGAGAAUAAGUGGAUCAACACCUGCCUGCCGUUCAACGACACCAUAUGAUAAGGAUGUGACUGUACUUAACUCUAAUAUGGAAUCCAUAGGUAGCCAUAGAACAUGCCUGGACGGGAAUAGUUUUAGAAAUAAUCUCAAGGAUGAUCAACAGUUCAAAUCGCUUGUUCCAGAAAGGAUAGAAGAUGGUCUCUACCAUGAAAAAAAUAUCGGCACUGACGUCUCCUUGAAUCAAAACAGUGAUCGUGAUAGCGAUGUGUGUUCCCAUCUAAACGACGCGAACCCUCAAUGCGUGGAACCUUGUUUGCAAGAGUAUGACUUGAUGACGCCAAAAGAUGAUCAGUCUAAAGAGGUCCCAGUUCCCCGGGUGAAUACCUACUGGGGUAGAGUGACUACCUUGCUUCGAAUGCCAGAUGUUUGGCUCCUAGAGUUUGGGAUGAUGGCAGAGAGUGUUUCUUUAUCAUUUGCUUUGUUCAGCACGGCUAAUGUGGCUGUGACCGCCGGGAUCUCGAAGAAGACAGCUAGUCUUGUGGUGGCUUUUAUGGGCCUCUCCGAGUUCUUUGGCAAGAUCUUCGUAGGUCUCAUAGCGGAUCGUUUCCCCAUACCAAAGAUCAUAAUCUUAAUGAUAGCUAACAGUGUGCAGUCCUUGCUCAUGCUAAUAUUGUCACUGAUCACAGUGACAGAACCUUAUCUCUUCGUUCAUGCUACUGUUCAAGGGUUCAUCGUUUUAGCGGCUAUAGAUUCGCUAUGUCAUUCAGUUGCACAUCAGCUCUUUGCUCCGGAGUUCGCGGUUCAGAUAUGGUCAGUAACCAUGGUCUUCAUGGGUGUAGGAGGAAUUUUUGGAGCAAUGUUUGGAGAGAGCGUUGACAGGACUGGAACAUACCAAACAGCAUUUUACUCUACAAUCGGAAUGUCUUUCUUGUCCACAUUCUGUUUGAUCCUUUGUAUCGUUCAUCAAAGAUUCUUCGCGAGGGAUCGGUUCUUCCUUUUCAAAAAACAUUCACGCCCUCUACGGUAUGAAGAGAUUAAACAAUCUGAUGAAAAGGAUACGGACUGUCGUAAAAAUAUAAACGAUUGUAAAGGAGAGGUAUUGAACUAUUCUUCCAACCUAGUUGUCACUGAAAUAGUGUCAUGUGUAUGAAUACGACGGACAUGAUAACAUGAAGAAAGCCAUUGGAAGCUAAAUUACUCUGGAAGUAUGGAAUACUAACAAUUAUAUUGCAUAUUGUAUCUUGUUAUUAAGAAGACAAUAUGUAAUCAAUAUACCACAAUCAAAGUAUACCAAUAUUUCUAUAUUCUCCCUUUAAAUUACGAAGUUUUGCUGGAAGACAUAUUGUAACUAGAUAAUUUAACCUGAUCAAAACGAAUGACAUGAGACAUCCUUUUUUUAUGACAAAAAAAAAGUUGUUGCCUAUUUUGAGUCCUACUAGAUAUUAAAUUUUAGAAAUUCUCCUUGUUCAUAUCAGUAUUCCAGUUCAGGAUAAUUCAUUUUGAAUAAAAUAAAUUAUAUUGCGAUAGUCACAUUAUAUUGUAACUUUUUUUAUAAUUCUUAAAGGAAAAUGAAACCUUUGAAAAAAGAUAGCUUGUGCGAAAACAUAAAACUUAAAGACAGAUCAACAAAAGUUUGAGAAAAAUUGAAUGAACAAUAAGAAAGUUAUGAGCAUUUGAAGUUUAGAUCAUUAUUUUAAUGUAGAUCCUCCCAUCGGCAAUGCGAAAAAGAUGUGUGAUGUCACGUGAAAACUUUCCCAUUACUUUUAUAUAUAUUUCACUUAAACUGUCUCUUUAUCACAUCUAUCAGAUCAUGUAUUUCAAUAGGAGGGCGUGUAAUACAGAUUUUCAAAGUUAUGGAUAAAGAGUUAAUAUUACCAUAUAACAAAGAGCAAAAAGAGACAUUUUGGGGACAUUUUAUAGUCCAUCAAAGGGAAAGUUGUUCACAUGUGACAUCACACAUCUUUGACGCAUUUCCAAUGGGAGGAUCUCCAUAGCAUUAGUGAUCGCAAUAUUCAUAUGCUCAUAACUUUGUCAUUAUUUGUCUUAUUUUUCUCAAACUUUCUUUGUUCUUAUUCUUUGAUUUUUAAUCUGUUUCCACACAAGCCCACUUCUUCCAAAUGUUUAAUUCCCUUUGAUGUGAAUAAUUCUUAGCCUAUGGAAAUAAAUAAAACCCCUUCAUAAUUUAUUCAAAACUGUUCCACACCUCAAUAACAGUUAAAAAUGCAAUUUAAUGUUAUAUAAAUCUUUGUUAUAAUUUAUUGUAAAAUGGAAGACAAGAAUAUAAAUCAAGCAAAAAGAUCAAUUUUGCUACAAACAAUUUCGUCAGACACAUGUACAUUUUCUGUGAAAGUAACAUUAAAAUAUGCAAAGUGAAAUAUUGCUGUUCUUAAGAAGUUUCAACAAUUGAACCUUCACACUGUGAUAAGGAUUUUGAAAAAAAUGAUUUUCAAAAAAUAAAAGUACUUUUUAUGUAUCAGCCCACAAUACCCACCAUAUACAUGUAAAUAUACAUGAAAAUAACUUGUUCUUGCCAUAACUAAACAACCAUUUGAGAGGUCAACUUGAAACUCGGCCCAUGUAUGAGUAAACAUGAUCUAUUCUUGAUUCAAGUUUGGGGUCACAGUAUAAAGAUCAAAAUUAAAGUUGUUUCAAAACAAAAAUAUCAGUUUACUUUUAGGAACAGGAUUUUGAUGAAUUGAUUUCAAACCUUGCUCAUGUAUGAAUAUAGGAGUGACAAUGAUCUGACCAGAUUUUGGGUUAAUGAGGUCAAAGGUAAGAGGUCAUAUCCUAUUAAAUAAACACAAAUUUUCCUUUUUUCACAAGAAUUACCUACAUGUAGAUAGCUUUAGCCAAAAGGUUUUUGAAGGCUUAUUCAGACUAGGAGUAUCGACAGUGCAACAGUCUGAAAACCUGGUUAUUCACGUAAGCUUUUAAGUAACUAUAACCCCCCUCCCUUUUAGUAAGUUUAAUUUUCUUCUUCUUUUCUUUUCUAUAUCGCGCCAUGAGCAUCUUUUUAUGAUGGAUACCGGCACAUUACAAAUGUUCACAUUAUUAUUACAACAGUCCAAUAGGCAAGGGCUAACAAGGUAACAACAAAUUGAUUGUGAAAAUCUGAAAAUAUCUGAUUUGUUAUAACAUUACACAUAUCUAAUGAAUCUCUUAAUGUUUGUCAUAUCCUUUGAAGUUGCCUGUUGUUAAAUAAACUUUGAAUACAGCUCAUGGAUGC